AUGCUGCAGUGUCGAACCCUACGAGUAUGGUAUUUCCGCCGCUGCUUCUGGCCCUAUGCUGACCUGCCGCAGGACAGGGGCAACUCGUACAUCUGCGCCCUCUGUCGCCACCACGGCGCCGCACGACCGAGCCAUCUCACGAUACGAAGCUACUCGAGUGAUCCGAAAUCCUCUUCCCAUGCCCCUCACGGACGCAGCGGAGGUCUCGGCGGCGGCUGGUCGUCCUCAGCCUCCUCUGCCAUCCCACGAAGGACCUCUGGGCCCAGCAAUGCCGGCUGGGGUGCCCCAGCAUUCGGAGCUUCCAACGCUUCAGCAGUAAACGGCAGCGACUCGACGACGACACCAUCCUCGAACACGCCGACAGAUACUUCCAGCACACCGAGCCCUGACGAUGGCCUCCUUCCCCACGAACGCGCCGCCCGCCAGCGUCUCGCCGCCCAACGAACCUCCGACUCGGAACCGACCAAGCCCGCACCGCAGCCGGCAAAGCCGCACCAGCACCGCACGCCGCCGCACAAGCAAGAAGGCCUCCCGUCCCUCGGAAGGCGGCCGCGGCAACACUUUGGCUCGCUCGACGACAGCAUCGGCCGAACGCGCGCGGGGCCUCGGCCUGUGGCGCCCAUACCGCACCGGUCCACGCCGCGGGCCGCGAACCCGAUGGGUCUCGACGAGAAGCCGGGCCUUCGAGGCUCGCUGGGCGGCUUGGACGGACCGCCGGGCUCGAGCGAUCCGUUUGCGAGGCUGGCUGACUCGGUCGACAAGAAGGCCAGGACACCGAGAGCGAGACCGCACGAAUCGGGCUCUUCGGACUGGGGCUUGCUCUCCAAGAGGGCGCCGCGGCAGGGCCCCAGGGGACCGCGGGCUCAGGGGUCCUCGGCGCAGGGCGCCGCGGGCUCGUUCUGGGAACGGUUCAAGGAUCAUGUUCACCAGAGCUCGGGCCAGGGCGCUGAGAAGCAGGGCCUCGGAGACGCGCAGCAGGAGAACGAAAUCGACUACAGCGCGUGGGACACGGCCCGUGGCGAGCCGGAGGAAACGCAACCUUCGGCGGAGGAACAGGAGUCGACCUUGACGCGUCGUACCAGAUCGACCGCGACGCAAGGAAACCAAGGCAAGGUCGGCGUGAUACAAUUAGGGCAAAAGCGCGGCGCCCACGUCACGGACAUUGUCGUGCUCGUCGUGGCGGCCGACGACAGCGUCAAGCCGCAGACGCUCGAAGCCAUCAAGCACGCCCGCGCCGCCAAGGUGCCCAUGAUUGUGGCCAUCAACAAGGUCGACAAGGAGGACGCGCGCGUCGACCAGGUCAAGUCGGACCUCGCGCGGCACGGCGUCGAGAUUGAGGACUUUGGCGGCGACGUGCAGGUCGUGUGCGUCAGCGGCAAGACGGGCCAGGGCAUGGACGACCUCGAGGAGAACAUUGCGACGCUGUCGGAGAUUCUCGACGUGCGCGCCGAGGCCGACGGCCUGUGCGAGGGCUGGGUGCUCGAGGCGAGCGUCAAGCAGGACGGCAAGGCGGCGACGGUGCUCGUCAAGCGCGGCACGCUGCGCCCCGGCGACAGCCUCGUCGCCGGCACGGCGCGCGCCCGCGUGCGGCUGCUGCGCAACGAAGCCGGCGUCGAGCUCGCCGAGGCCCCGCCCGGCACCCCCGUCGAGAUUCUCGGCUGGCGCGACGAGCUCCCCGCCGCCGGCGACGCCGUGCUGCAGGCGCCCGACGAGGAGCGCGCGCGCAAGGCCGUCGAGUACCGCACCGAGAUGCGCUACCGCGAGGAGUCGUCGCGGCAGCUCGUCGAGCAGGAGGCGCGCGAGCGCGAGCGCAAGGCGGCCGAGGAGGCUACGGACCAACACAGCGGCGAGAGCGAAGGCGAUGCUGCUGCCGGCGGCACCAAGACGGUCACGUUCACGGUGCGCGGCGACGUCGUCGGCUCGGUCGAGGCCGUCUGCGCGACGAUCCAGGAGCUCGGCAACCACGAGGUCAAGCCGCGGAUCCUGCGCUCGGCCGUCGGCCAGGUGUCCGAGUCGGACGUCGAGCACGCCGCCACGUCCGGCAGCGUCAUAGUCAACUUCAACGCGCCCGUCGCGCCGCACAUCAAGCGCCUCGCCGACGCCGCCGGCGUGCGCCUCAUCGCCCACAGCGUCAUCUACCACCUCGCCGACGAGGUCCGCCAGACCCUCUCCGACCAGCUCGCCGACGUUGUCUCGACAAAGGUCGUCGGCGAGGCCGAGGUCCUGCAGAUCUUCCCCAUCAACACAAAGGGCCGCGCCUUCCGCAACAUUGCCGGCUGCAAGAUCCGGAACGGCCUCGUCAGCCGGACGGCCAUGGUGCGCGUGCUGCGGAGGGGGGAGACGGUGUUUGAGGGCAAAAUCGACGCCCUCAAGCACGGCAAGAAGGACGUCACGGAGAUGCGCAAGGGCACCGAGUGCGGCAUCUCGUUUGAGGGGUACCAGGACUUCCAGGUCGGCGACCAGGUGCAGACGUACGAGGAGGUGCGGGAGAAGAGGACGCUUUAA